AGUAGCUUCAAUCACGCUCUCAAUCGUGGCCAUGGAGGACGCCGACCAAGAGACCGGUUUGGGGGCCGCUUAUUUUCCGCCGUCUUUGGUCUCUCUCACUCCAUUCCCGCCUUCAAUCUCCCCCUCCCCUCGCCGCCUUUCCAGCCAUUUCACGGAGCCAAGCCGUCCUGUUCGAGCGGCGAGAAAGCUGGCCUGGGUGUCUCUCCAGGGUCGGAUCGUCGGCGCCGAGGAAGCGAGCUCGGCCAGAUCAAUAGGUGGCGGAUUGAACCGAGAAGAAGCCGUGGCUUGGGAGCUGUUUAGCCCCAUUCAUCGGAUUCUUAUAGUCGCCGUUGUAGCUGUUGCCUCCGUGAAUUCGAAGAAAAAUAAGCAGAUUUUUCAGCUCAGAAGAUCAGUAGAACUCAGGGAUAAAGUGCUCUUAAGCAUGCAACAGAAGCUUGACAAUCUGUGCGAGCAAAUGAAUUAUAUUAAGGAUCAGCCAGAAUGCGAGGACUUGUCAUUGACUAAGAAUAUGGAGUUCCCAUCCACAUUCAGCCGAUUAUCCACCUCCAACAAAACCAAUUUUGCUGGUUGUGAUUGUCGCCUUUUUCAUCAACAUAGGCCUCCAACAAAUGAUUUGAUGGGUAAUUCGGUUGUGAAAGCAUCUCGUGGGGAUGAGAUGUUUGAGUAUAAAAUUCCUCUUGUAAAUGGGGUUGAACAAGAGGAGCGCCGAUUGUCUGAUUGGUCAGACUGGGCUUCCAGCGUUACUUCCUCAGUGGAUAUGCAGUCUCAAAAAGAUAUCGAACAAGAUAUCUGUAAUCUCAAAAAGGAAUGUGAAGAAAAGGAUGCUACAAUAAAGAAGCUUUCUACUUUUCUCCACUCAUCUGAAGUUGCUGGUUCAAAGAGGAUUACAGAGUUAGAAGACAUCAUUCGCAGGAAGAACAUGGUAAUUACAAAACUUAAGAAAGACCUGGUGGUCCUAGAGCAGAAGGUGGUGCACCUAACAAGACUUCGGAGACCCUCUUUUUCUGCCUCAAGCUCAAAUGUGGGGCAGCUUCCAUUCAUGGCAGAGAACCUCAUUUAUGAUAUGGAUAGUACUACCAGUCCAUCAUCAUCUGAUUCAGAUUGCCCCCCCAGGAACCGGCCACAAGCUCCCGUUGCCAGAAUCCAGGAAAUCACUGUUCAAAAUAGCGAGUCUGCUCCAAGCAGAGAUAAGAAAUUGGGAAAGGUAAAAGGCUUGAGUUCCUCAGUGAAGCCAACCAACCUGCAGCAGAAGUCCCGACCAGUGAGUCCUCUAAAAGAGAGAUCAAUGAACUGGAGACCUGAUUUUGUCACUUUGAGACCAAAGCCCUCAUUAUCAGCUGGUGGAGAUCUAAACAAUAGUAGGAGGAGAGCUCGGACUGGAUCAAAGGAUGUAGCGCAACAGAAGAGAUGGGCUUAGUUAUUAAAGAAAAUAAGUACGUGAGAGUUUUGGUACAAAACCAUAUGAAGUUGGGUGGUUGCAGGAUAUUUAAUAAGUAGAGGUCUUUUGGGGAAAAAAAAAAAAGAA